AAGAACUUCUGAGCAUCAUCACGACAACUUCAAAGCCCCUGAUCGUCAGACCUUCAUCUUCAUCUUCCUAAAGGACAGAUGGCAUACUCAUUGCUCUUCCUUUGUGCCCUGAUUGGCUGGUCCCAGGCAUUUCUGCCCUCGCUGGACAUUGAAAGCCUAACUCAUGAGGACAUCACAAAGCAGGCACUGCUCGAAGUAGCAAUGGAUGCUUGUAGAGAGGAAGCACAGAAAGACGGACAGACCUUUAAUCCACCAGCCCUCCUGAACCCGGACAGCCUGCUGCAUGCCUGUUUAGGUGUGUCGGAAGAUGCAGAUCUGUCAUCCUCAAAGUUCCAGGAGCUGCUAAAUGAGAUCAUUACUGAGAACAUUUUAAUUGACAGAGACCAGGCCUUCAGUUCUGUCCACCACUUCAAUGAUGAAGCAAUUGAAAAAGGGCGGGAUAUCAUUACUCAGGGCGUUUCCGUCGUCAAAGCCAACCUACAGCAAGGCAACCUGGAGGCAGCUAGACGGGCACUUGGGGCAGUCACCCAUACUCUCCAGGAUUUCUACAGUCACAGUAACUGGUUUGAGCUGGGAAAUCUGGACCCUUACCCAAACUUACUGCGCCCUGACCUUCCACUCCAGAACCUUGCAGAUGCAAAUACCCCAACCUGUAAUGACUGUCAGGAGAGGGUGUGUCCUAAUGUUAUUCUACCAGAGAUACUCAGUAAAAACACACUGACCUCAGGAUACCUGAUCUCUACACCACAAGGUAAAUGUAACCAUGGUGACAGGACCAGGGGUGGGAUCAGCAAGGACUUUUUCGGUGAUGAUCUGACCCCAGAUGGGACUGACCCUCACCUGGCUGCUUCUAGCACUGCAAUUCAAGCCACUACAGACAUUCUGCAGGACAUCCGUAUCGCAUUCGGAAACAUAGUGUUCUUACGUAUGUUGGGUAUUACUCGUUCAAAAGCACUCUGCUUCGUCAUUGAUACUACUAGCAGUUCGUCUGAUGACUUCGCAGAGGUACAGAGACUCAUCGUGAAAAUCAUAGAUGAUACCAGAGGAACUCCAAACGAGCCUUUCCUGUACAUCUUAAUUGAAUUCAAUGACCUUGAGGUGGGACCAGUGACCGGUACCAAAGAUCCAGAGGAAAUGAAGCGGACUGUCAACAUUCUUACAGUUGAUAGAAGCAGAAACAUUCCAACUUUAUUUUUUUCUGCAAUGCGUCUGGCCCUCAUAACUGCCCCUCCUUCAUCAGACAUCUUUGUGUUCACAAGUGCCUUUCCUAAAGACACAGAACUACAAGACACUUUGAUCUCACUCAUCGAAAGCACCAGAUCUACGGUAAUGCUCUUGCUGACUAAUGGUCUAAGCAGAAGAAGGAUGAGGAGGAGGAGGAGUGCACUGACAAACCCAACCAACUCUAUUUACCAGCAGCUGGCUCAACUCUCAGGUGGACAGGCCAUCGAGGUCACCAAAGAUACAUUUCCACUGGCCACUACGGUCAUUGAAGACUCAAUUACAUCUUUAAUGGUGACUCUGCUCCAGGUUGAAUCCACACAGCCUGAUACUUUUAUCUUCUUGAUGGAUCGAAGGCUUCAGAAUGUAACCUUAUAUAUCACAGGGCUGUCGACCAACUUCACACUGCAGAACCCUGCAGGUGUGUCUCAGGAUAAUACAGCUGGAUCAGGCCCUCUGGCUUCAGUGUCUCUAGUGGGGAAUCUAUAUAGGGUGUCUCUGAAUGAAGGGAACCUAACAGGCAGAUGGCAGAUCACUAUAAGAUCUCCUCAGGCUUACUCUCUCAGAGUCACAGGACGCAGUGCUCUGAAUUUUAUGUCCCAGUUUAUUGAAGAGUUUGGUGGACCACAUCCUGGAUUUGCUCCAAUAUCAACCAGGCCCCCUGCAGGUCAGAAUGCAACUCUCCUGAUAACAGUAUCAGGUGUUGAUAUGCUCUUUGGACUGGAAGUCGGCCUGGUCAGCGCAGACGGAGAGCUUCUGAGGAACACUGGUGUAACAAGACUGAGAGAUGGGAGAUAUCUUGUCAGAGCGCCUCACCUCCCUGAUGUUCCUUUCACUCUUGUGCUGAUGGGACAGGAGGCAGAUGGACGGCGCUUCCAAAGGCAGUCGAGCACUCAGAUCCAGGCAUCACAGAUCACAGUGCAGAUCCAGAGGAUGGUUAUCUUGGCACCAGGUGAGUCCAUAUCUGUCCCUUUCACUGUGGAAACUCGUGAAAUCGAAGGCAUCAUUGCUAUAAGUGCCCGGGAUGAUCAAAGAUUUGUGGCCACGGUUAAUAACAGUUUAAAUGUAAGUGCAGCAGGUAACACUACUGGCGUAGUGAGUCUUUUCAUUCCCACUGGAACUCUAUCAGGGAUCACCUCAGUCGUGACCAUAGAAGCUGAAUCAACUGCAACUCGUCAAUCAAACUUCGCCCUCCUCCGUGUAUUGGUCACGCAAAAGGACAUGGAUGUCACUCCACCAGUGUGUCGUGUGGUGAAUGAAAGUUUGGACUGUCCUGUCCUGUGUGGGAACGCUACAUGGGAGGUGACGUUACUCAUGACGGAUGGUAACGGCACUGGACUCCGGUAUCCUCACAUAUCCAUCAUCAUCCCGGACUCACCCGGACCGCCCACUGCGAUCAUCGAUCAGGUUAAGGAUGAAAACGGCUACAACGCAACUUUACUUACCUACAGAGCGUCGUGCUGUGUGACCAAAGUGGAGAUUUCUGCUGUGGACGACAAGGGCAAUGUGGGCCGGUGCGACUUCAGCAUCAGACGGCCCAGCACUACAGGGCCUCCCCAGACCACCAGCAGCCCCUCAAGCAGCCUUAAAAUAACUGUAUCACUCUGGACUAUGUUACUACUGCUAGGCCUCACAUCUCUAAUGCACUAGUAUACAUUUAGUGUUCUAUACAGAUACCAGCACUUUAUACACUUGUUUCAUUACAUACAAGAGAAUUACACAUACAAACUGAACCCUCCAAUGCUAUUUAAGCCAUGUCAGCUUAUAUACUCAUUCAAUGCACUUUCCUGCUAAAACUGGAGUAUAAUGUAGUACUUUUACUGUAUGUUCAUAACAUUCUGUGUGUUUUGUUUUUCCGAAGAGGUAGAACACCUAAUUGUAAUUAAGGUCAGGUUAUUAUUUUUGUUCUUACAUUAACUGAGUCCAAUUUGGAAUUUAUACUACCUAUAUACAGCAAAUGUUUUGCACAACCAAUAUUCUUCUGCACUUUGUGGGCAAUUAAAAUCU